UGAUAAAAGUCAUGUGUUUGUGUUUUGAAAGUUCUUUCUGUCUUGUUGCAUUUCAUAAUUUUUGAGAAAUUAUUUGAAAUACUUUUACCAAAAUGACGCCGAAAAAAAAAGAACCGAAGAAGGUGAAGAAAACGACCAACUCGAACACUUCGAAAGCUUCGAAGAAAACCGGAUCAAAAACGUCAAAAGUAUCCAAGAACACGAAAAAAAAUUCCAAAGCUACGAAACCGAAAGCUAUCAGUAAAUCAAAAGUUUCAAAGAUUGCUCUCCGGAAAAAAGCAGUUCUGUCAGCGGAACAAAAAACAUGCACCGCAAAAAUUCUAAGAAAGAGACCGGCGCGUGCACCGAAGAAAGAGAUAAAAAGUACCAGAGGUGUCGUAUAUCUGAAGAAUGUCCCUCAUGGAUUUUAUGAAGUCGAAAUGAAGAAAUUUUUCUCUCAAUUUGGUCAAGUUACCGGCGUUCGAAUCCCGAAAAGCACCCGUACUGGUAAAUAUAGAGGAUACGCUUUCGUAGAAUUCAUGUACCCCGAUGUAGCUAAAAUAGCCGCAGAAACUAUGAAUAAUUAUUUGAUGUACAAAAGAGUCAUUAAAGCUAAAUAUUUGCCAGCGGAAGAGCAGAAACCUUAUGCUAUUAGAUUUCCAGCCUUUAAAGUUCCAUUAACCGUUCGAAGAAAGCGUUUCCUUAGACAACGAAGUAAUCAAACUCUGACCGAAGAGCAAACCGAAAAAGAAAAGAAACGUUUAAACGAUUGUGUUCAAAAGAAAUUAAAUAAAUUGAAAAAAUUAGGCAUCAAUUACGAAUUCCAAGUUGCAAAUCAAGAGAGUACGAAGACCGAAGAAACGACAGCUUAAACGAGUUUAAACCUUCAACCAUAAUUGUUAACGUUAUUGAGUAAUAUAAUUCUUUUUCUAUA